GAGUGGGUGAGCGAGAGACUGAACCAGAGUUCUGUGUGCUGGAUGAGGAAGUAGUCAUGGUGAGCACAUGGGUGUGGUUGGUGGUUGUUUAACCGUUACCGUUAUAAGUCUUUCAGAAGAGGCAUACAGAGGAAAGCAUUACGGAUGAUGAGGCUUCGGACACAUCUCUGGACUGGAUCACCUCACAGAAUGGAUAUAAAGAUUAAUUUGGCUUCCUUGACCAUUCUCCUUUUUGUCACGUUAAAUGUGUCAAGGGGUCAAACAUCCACAGACCAGAAUCAAACGGGGCCCGUGACAAUGGCAGGCUUGACAAUGACCACUGCUCCAACUCCCAAUGGAACAAGAAUUGAAACCGGAGUCACCAGCAGCAGCAUCCCAGCGACAAGAGGCAACAACAACACCAUACCAGAGAUUAAGACCACAGCUUCCAGCGAGAGAACAACAAAACCACAAACAAAGCCCACAACCACUUCAGUGGCAUCCUCCAAAUCUACAGCUAAGAAAGCCUCUGAAAAUGGGACCCAUCAAGCAGUUACCUGGGAUCCAAAGUGGGACCAAGAUUUCACCUAUGAUUAUAUGUCCCUGCGCCAUGCUGGACUGGUCAUUGCAGCAGUUCUCUUCAUCAUGGGUAUCAUGGUCAUCAGCUGUGGUAGGGUGUGUAAACCUCCAAUGUGUCGCAAGAAGUCAUCAAAGUCAUAUCAAGUGGCCCAAGGAUAGAGAUGAAACUACAGAGUUCAUCGGGAGAAAAAGACUCAAUCAAGACACAUUGUGUGUGCAUAUGCAUUGAUUGACUGUAUGCUGCUUAGUAGAAAUGUUAUACAAACACACUGAAUACACAUAGAAAACUUGAAUCAUACUGACAAGUGAAAAAGUGGAACCUUCACCUGCUUUCUAUACAUGGUAAAACUGUACUAAAAAAAAGUAAAGUGAUUGUCUUGGCAGAUAAUGAAUAGAUGAUUUAUAUUUUAAUAAUACCAUCAGCCAUAAAGCAGGAUUGUUUUAAAUGACCUUUGUAUUUUUUUAACACAGCCAUAGGUGGUGUCUCACAGCCAGGAUUAAUAUUAAAGGUUAUGAAGAAUAACCCCAUAACAUCCCACAUUUGACAAUCUCGUACAACACUUAUGUUCUAUCAGCAUCUAAAAAUGAAGCUGGGUCACUUCUUCUUUCUGCACGCUCUUUAAACUUUCAAUCACAACAAAAACGUGAUGUUUAGUAAGGGGUGUCUAAGCCUCUUAGUGGCUCUAUGCUUGUAAGUAAGUAAAGCCCUAGAUUAAACAAGAUGCACUGGCGCAUUAUCUUUGUAUCCAUAUGGCAUCAAAAUGAUGCAGACAACAAACUCAUACAAAACAGAAACAUUUACAACAGAUUUGUCAGAACAUAUACAGUUCUAUUCAUAUUUCUAAUUGCUGUCAGAACAAAAUCAGAGGCUCGAGCUUUGCAAACGGAAAUAAUGAGAUACAGGAUAAGAACUGCAAUGGCUUUCUUGUGAAAUACAUGGCCAUGUAUUAGAUUAUUUGUAAAUUAUUAUUGUAUAAUGAAAACCCAUUGUAGAGGUCCUUGGCACAAACGACACACAUGGGUUAAUCUGGAUACAUAAGUGCAUAUUAACAGAAUUAACAGAACAGUAAUUAACAUUAAGUCCAAUCUUUUGGCUACAAUAAAAUACAAAAAUACACAUAUUUUACAUAAAAUAAUUUUGGCAAUUAA